AUGGUGGUGGGUCUAAUGGCGAUGGUGGAUCUGGAGGUAGUGGUGGGUGCAGUGGGUACAUUGCUGUGCCUGCGGUGGUGGUGGGUGCUGUGCGUGCGGUGGUUGGGUUCUGUGGUGUUGAGGCGUGCUGUGGUUGGGUUCUGUGGUUUGUGGGGUUGUUGCCUUGUUGGCGAUGGUGGUGGGUCUAAUGGCGAUGGUGGAUCCGAUGGUGGAGAGUGUAUAUACUUAACUGAAGACUCCAUCAAAGAAUUGAAAAAUGCAAACUCGAAUUUCAAGUUUCCGUCACCUGCCCCGGUUCUUCGCUUUCUAUAUGAACUCAGCUGGACAGUGGUCCGAGGAGACUUGCCAUUUCAGAAGUGUAAAGUGGCGUUGGAGGCAGUGGAGUUCUCAGACUGUGGUCCGGAUGGAGAUGUUGGAUCGUAUUUUGCUGAUGUUGUUACCCAAAUGGCUCAAGACCUUACUAUGCUUGGUGACUAUCGCUCUCGUCUUAUCAAACUGGCAAAAUGGCUGGUGGAAUCUGCACUAGUACCAGUGAGAUUUUUCCAGGAGCGUUGUGAGGAAGAAUUUUUAUGGGAGUCUGAAAUGACUCAGAUAAAGGCUGCAGAUCUGAAGUCUAAAGAGGUCAGAGUAAAUACUCGUCUUCUUUAUCAGCAAACAAAAUUUAACUUGCUCCGAGAAGAAAGUGAAGGCUAUGCUAAGCUGGUUACCCUACUCUGUCAGGUUCCUGAAGCAUCUAGUAAAAGUGCAUCGGCUGCUACAGUUGGUAUUAUUAAGUCGUUGAUUGGCCACUUCGAUCUGGACCCAAAUCGAGUUUUCGAUAUUGUUUUGGAAUGUUUUGAACUUCAGCCUGACAACAAUGUGUUCUUGGACCUGAUUCCAAUGUUUCCCAAGUCCCAUGCUUCACAAAUUCUUGGAUUCAAGUUUCAAUAUCAUCAGCGCAUUGAAGUCACUACUCCUUUACCAAUUGGGCUCUACGAACUUGCGGCUUUGUUGGUGAAAAAAGACUUCAUUGAUGUUGAUAGCAUAUAUGCACACUUACUUCCUAAGGAUGAGGAAGCAUUUGAGCAUUACAACUCUUUCUCGGCCAAAAGACUUGAUGAGGCUAAUAAGAUUGGGAAAAUUAAUCUUGCGGCAACUGGAAAGGAUCUCAUGGAUGAUGAGAAACAAGGAGAUGUAACUGUAGAUCUUUUUGCUGCUUUAGACAUGGAAAAUGGGGCAGUUGCUGAAAGGUCCUUGGAGCUCGAAAAUAAUCAAACUUUGGGAUUACUGAUGGGGUUCCUUGCAGUGGACGAUUGGUGUCAUGCUCGUCAGUUAUUGGACCGCCUUUCAACACUGAAUCCAGUGGAACAUAUUGAAAUUUGUGAUGGGUUGUUUAGGCUUAUUGGAAAAUCAAUCUCUCCGGCUUGUGAACUUGUUCGUCAAAACCAAAUUUCAAAUAUUGAUGUAUUGCCUGGAUCUGGCACUGACUUGAUGGAGACAGGAAAUUCAUCCCACAGUAGAUCUUUUAUCAAUCUUCCUAAAGAGCUUUUUGAAAUGCUUUCUGCUGCUGGACCUUAUCUUUAUCGCGACACUUUGUUGCUGCAGAAGACAUCCAAAGUGUUGAGAGCUUAUUACCUUUGUGCACUUGAGCUUGUCAAUAAUGGUUAUGGGGCAUUUAAUUCUCAUACUGUUACUAAUGGAAAUGAAAAUCCACGCCUCCACCUGAAGGAUGCGAGGUUAAGAAUUGAGGAAGCACUAGGAACAUGUCUUCUUCCUUCAUUACAGUUGAUACCUGCAAAUCCUGCAGUUGGACAGGAGAUCUGGGAACUAAUGAGUCUUCUACCCUAUGAGGCGCGCUACCGUUUGUACGGUGAAUGGGAGAAGGAGGAUGAGCGUUUUCCAAUGAUUUUGGCUGCAAGACAAACAGCAAAGUUGGACACCAGAAGGAUUCUAAAGCGCCUUGCAAAAGAAAAUUUAAAGCAGCUUGGACGAAUGGUUGCUAAAUUAGCUCAUGCCAAUCCAAUGACGGUGCUCCGGACAAUUGUUCAUCAGAUAGAGGCAUACAGGGAUAUGAUCACUCCUGUUGUGGAUGCAUUCAAGUAUCUGACUCAGCUUGAGUAUGAUAUUCUGGAGUAUGUCGUGAUUGAACGAUUGGCUCAAGUUGGGCGCGAGAAGCUUAAAGAUGAUGGCCUUAAUUUGUCAGAUUGGCUUCAAUCUUUGGCAUCAUUUUGGGGUCACUUGUGUAAAAAAUAUCCAUCAAUGGAACUCAGGGGUCUUUUCCAGUAUCUUGUAAAUCAGUUGAAGAAAGGAUGUGGGAUUGAGCUUCUUCUCCUGCAGGAACUCAUACAGCAGAUGGCAAAUGUUCAAUAUACAGAGAACAUGACUGAGGACCAAUUGGAUGCCAUGGCUGGAAGUGACACUCUCCGUUAUCAAGCUACUUCAUUUGGAGUCACCAGGAACAACAAGGCUUUGAUCAAAUCCACUAACAGACUUAGAGAUGCUUUGCUCCCAAAAGAAGAACCCAAACUGGCAAUUCCUCUUUUGCUACUCAUUGCCCAGCAUCGUUCUCUAGUUGUCAUAAAGGCCGAUGUGCCUCAUAUUAAAAUGGUCAGUGAACAGUUCGAUAGAUGCCACGGAACCCUUCUUCAGUAUGUGGAAUUUCUUUGUAGUGCUGUCACUCCAGUAUCAAAUUAUGCUUUGCUGAUUCCCACUCUUGAUGAACUUGUACAUCAAUAUCAUCUUGAUCCCGAGGUUGCCUUUUUAAUUUAUAGGCCUGUAAUGAGACUCUUCAGGUGUCAAAAAGCCUCCUGUGCUUUCUGGCCUUUAGAUGGUAAUGAAGAACUGCAUCCUGCAACUUCUGAAAAGGAUUCUGAAACUGCAGAUGCAUCUACAUUGAUUCUGGACCUUGGAUCUUCUCGCAACCCUAUAUCUUGGCUCGAUCUGCUUGACACUAUCAAAACAAUGUUGCCUUCAAAAGCCUGGAAUAGUCUGUCUCCUGAUCUGUAUGCUACCUUCUGGGGUCUUUCUUUAUAUGAUCUCUAUGUACCAAGAACUCGUUAUGAGUCAGAAAUUGCAAAGCAGCAUUCUGCUCUUAAAGCUCUUGAAGAACUUGCUGAUAAUUCCAGUUCUGCGAUCGCUAAAAGAAAGAAAGAUAAAGAAAGAAUUCAAGAGUCUCUUGACCGAUUGACUAUGGAACUCCAGAAGCAUGAAGAACACGUUGAAUCUGUGCGACGACGGCUUGCUCUUGAGAAGGAUAUAUGGUUGAGUUCAUGCCCAGAUACAUUGAAAAUAAACAUGGAGUUUCUUCAGCGCUGUGUAUUUCCACGCUGUACAUUCAGUAUGCCGGAUGCUGUAUAUUGUGCCAUUUUUGUCAAUACGCUCCAUUCCUUGGGGACACCAUUUUUCAACACAGUGAACCACAUAGAUGUUUUGAUAUGUAAAACCUUACAACCUAUGAUCUGCUGCUGCACUGAGUAUGAAGUGGGUCGACUAGGGAGGUUUCUAUAUGAGACACUAAAAACUGCUUAUCAUUGGAAGAGUGAUGAAUCUGUAUACGAACGCGAGUGUGGAAACAUGCCGGGAUUUGCUGUCUACUAUAGAUAUCCGAACAGCCAGCGUGUUACAUAUGGUCAAUUUAUCAAGGUACACUGGAAAUGGAGUCAGAGGGUCACUAGGUUGCUGAUUCAGUGUUUGGAAUCAACUGAGUACAUGGAGAUUCGAAAUGCUCUUAUAAUGUUGACUAAAAUCUCAGGUGUAUUUCCUGUUACUCGGAAGAGUGGUAUCAACCUUGAAAAGCGGGUAGCUAAAAUCAAAAGUGAUGAAAGGGAGGAUCUAAAGGUUUUAGCCACUGGUGUUGCUGCAGCUUUGGCAGCUAGAAAGCCUUCAUGGGUUACAGAUGAGGAAUUUGGCAUGGGUUAUCUUGAGAUUAAGCCUGCACCUGCACCUGCACCAGCGUCCAAGUCUUUAUCUGUGAGUGCUGUUGCCGUGCACAAUGUGGCUGGGACAAAUGUUUCUCCAGCUGAGCCUGCGGGGAGUAGAACUGUUGCUGCAGGAACCUUACAUUCAGAUUCUGGGAGUUCGGGCAAAGACGUUAGAAUGAGGUCUGAUGGAAGGAUAGAAAAAACAGAAAGCAACUCGCUAAGAUCUGAUCCUUCACAUUCAAAAUUAAAAGGUGGUUCAGUUAAUGGAAUAGAUGUUCAAUCUUCUGUGCCGUCUACCUUACAAUCUGGAAUAUCCGCCUCAGUUGAAAAUCUAAAACAGCUAGAUGAAUCUGCAAAUAAACAACUGGAAGAAAACUCAAAAGUUACUCCCAAGACGUCAAUGGAAUCUGAGGUGAGAUCUGCGGUGAAAAGGUCAACUGCAGUUGGAUCUCUUGCAAAGCAACCAAAGCAGGAACUUGCCAAAGAUGAUGGUAAAUCUGGAAAAGCUGUUGGCAAAACUUCAGUCUCAUCUUCUGGCAAUCCUAGCGUGGUUUCAGCUUCAGCAAAAGGAACAACCUUAUCUACUAGACCAUCUGAUCAUAAAAUUGAAACAAAAGCAGAGAUUGCAAACUCAAAGUCUUCAGAUUCAAGGGUUUCUACUGGGAAGGAUGACGGAACUGACACUUCGGAUCUGCAUAAACAGUCGUCUUCCCGACCUAUUCAUUCUCCCAUGCAGGACAAUCUUGUUGCUAAGUCUGUUGAUAAACCACAAAAGAGAACUAGUCCUGCUGAUGAACUUGAUAGGUUAAAUAAGCGCCGAAAAGGAGAAAUUGAUUUAAGAGACAUGGAUGGGGGUGAGGUUCGUUUUUCUGAAAAGGAGAGGUUAAUUGAUGCACGGGGUACUGAUAAACUUCAUCCAGCAGAUUUUGACAAACAAGGAUCUGAUGAACUGAACAUCAGUAAGGCCACAGAUAAGCUUGCAGAUAGAUCUAAAGAUAAGACCAGCGAAAGAUAUGACAGAGACUACAGGGACCGGUUGGAGCGUCCUGAAAAGUCACGUGGGGAUGAUAUUUUGUCUGAAAAAUUGAGAGAGAGGUCGUUGGAAAGGUAUGGAAGAGAACGUUCUGUUGAAAGAGUCCAAGAGAAAGGUGCUGAUAGGAACUUUGAUAGGCUAGGCAAGGAUGAUAGAAAUAAAGAUGACAGAAGUAAAGUCCGGCAUAAUGAAGCCCCUGUGGAAAAAUCAAACGUAGUUGAUAGAUUUCAUGGGCAAAGCUUGCCACCACCUCCACCUUUGCUCCCUCACGUCAUCCCCCAGUCAGUUAAUGCCAGUAGGAGGGAUGAUGAUGCUGAUAGACGGUUUGGAACUGCCAGGCAUACACAGAGACUUUCUCCAAGACACGAUGAGAGAGAGCGGAGACGAUCUGAAGAGAAUAUUUUAUUACAGGAUGAUGCAAAACGUAGAAGGGAGGAUGAUUUUCGAGAUAGGAAGAGAGAUGAGCGGGACUCGUUAUCAGUUAAGGUGGAGGAAAAAGAGAAGGAGAAGGAGAGAGAGCGGGAGAAAACAAACAUUCUCAAGGAGGAAAUGGAUUCCAAUGCUUCUAAGAGGCGGAAACUGAAAAGGGAGCAUCCACAAUCAGAACCUGGUUAUAUGGAGGAGCCAGCUCUCAGGAUUCAUGCCAAAGAAGCAGCCACUAAGACAACCCGUCGUGAUACUGAUCCAAUGUACGACAGAGAGUGGGAUGACGAGAAAAGGCAGAGAACUGAACCAAAGAGGAGGCACCGCAAAUAA